AGAGAGAGAGAGAGAGCGCAUAACCCACCGAGAGGCUGGACCCAGAGACCUAGAAUGAAAAGUAAACUUCCCUCAGGCUCAGGGCAAGGAGAAUGGAAACUAUAAAUAAGCCACAGUAACACUGGCUUCAAACAUCAGGGGAAAUCGAAAACCCCUCCGAGUUGACAAGACCUUCUCAGGCUUGAUGACUGGAAUGUGAACUUAUGGAGUACAUGGAGCCUGCUUACACGAACAUGUGAUUGAAGGCAGCAGUACUAGGAAGUCGGGGGUGGCCGGCGCACGUCAGUGCGUCGGUGCAUGAAGACAGGAAAAGGCUGUACCAUUACUACCUGGGCACUAGUCAGCACCAAAUUCUUGUGUCCAAAUACUGUCCUGGGUGCAUGUGCUAGAGGCUGGGGUCGGCAGCUGACAGCACUUACAUUCUUGUGUUCACUUAUGCCUCUCUAGAACCCUGGUGGGUGGAUUCCUAUUAUGGGAGGAUCAGGCUCUCUGGAGGUGGGGCACCGAGUCUCAGACCUGGUUGUUGUUGUUGUUUUUUUUUUUCUUUGAGACAGGGUUUCUCUGUGUAUCUUUGCGCCUUUUCCUGGAACUCACUUGGUAGCCCAGGCUGGCCUCGAACUCACAGAGAUCCGCCUGGCUCUGCCUCCCGAGUGCUGGGAUUAAAGGCGUGCACCACCACUGCCUGGCUCAGACCUGGUUGUUUUCAUUCACCAGAGCUGAAGGGUUAUGAGGAGAGCAAAUGAUAGUAUAGUCACCUGUCUUGCUCCUGUCCAGCCUCAGGGGAAUAAUCGCCAUGUCAGUAAGCAAAGCUGGCCGGUCAGAAACCACAUGAGCUAUCCCAGCCUGCACAGUGCUCCAAGCCCCCUCCCAGAAUUCUGCCUCUCCUUGACCACAAGAACAACCCCAGCCAGAGGUUCCUCAAGUGAGGCCCUUCUCUAUCAGGUCUGAGCACACGUGCUCCUUGACAGCAGAUGACGGUCUGUCUCAGGUGCCUCUCCACCCUGCUCUGCCCUCCCAGAACCUGUAUCUCCAUCCCAAGGUAGAACCCCAGCUGGACAGUGGUGGUGCACACCUUUAAUCUCAGCUUUUUGGAGGCAGAGGCAGGUAGAUCUCUGUGAGUUCAAGGCCAGCCCGGUUUACAGAGUUAGUUCCAGGACAGCCAGGGCUACACAGAGAAAGCUUAUCUUGAAAAACUAACCCCCCUGGCCCCCCAAACCAAAAGUAGAACCCCCGUGGAGAGGGAAGGCUGUAGACCAGUGGUUCUCAACCUUCCUAAAGCUGCUAUCCUUUACUACAGUUCCUCAUGGUGUGGUGAACCCCAACCAUAGAAUUAUUUUGUCGCUACUUCCUAACCGUAACUUUGUUACUGUUAUGAAUCUUAAUGUAAAUAUCUGUGUUUUCCCAUGGUCUUAGGUGACCCCUGUGAAAGGGUCUUUCGACCUCCUCAAGAAGGUCAUGACCCAUGGUUGAGAACCACUGCUGUAGACAUUGGGGACUCAUAGUGCCUAUCAUGCAGGGGGCAAUGGAUGGAUGGACGGUUGGACACCUAGUCCCUUAGGAUUCUGCCUGCUUAUGGUGUCCCUAGCAUCCCCUGAUCCUGGACCUAGCACAGCUGGCUAGGUUUGACAGCAACAGGCAAGAGGUGCCUGGACACAGCCUCUCUGGCCUCGGUUCCAAAGAAGACAGCCCACUUACAACUCUGGAUUCUCGCUGGUGUGGCCGGUGCCCCAGCUUUCUCCCUGGAAUGGGUCUUGGGGAGACCAGCUUCAGCACAGGCUUGUCCCUGCUCCAGGUUCAAGAGGGAGGAUAAGGCAGGGCCGUGAUCAGCUCACUUGGACCUGUCCCAUGGGCUUCUCCCUAUACUGCCGACAUCCUCAUGUGCCUGGCUGGACCUGCUGCAUAGCUUCCCAAGGAUGAGUGGUGAUGUUCUCUAGCUACCCCUAGCAGCAUCUCGGCUUUCUCUGGAUGCACAGCAGCUGACUGGGACUUGGGACUUUCUCCGAGAUAGACAGUACUCACAGUCAGAUAUGACUGUGCAGAAACUUGUGGCCACAGCUGUGCUGGUGGCCCUUGUCUCACUCAUCCUCAACAAUGCAGCAGCCUUUACCCCCAACUGGGUGUACCAGACGCUGGAGGAUGGACGCAAGCGAAGUGUGGGGCUGUGGAAGUCCUGCUGGCUGGUGGACAGGGGUAAGGGAGGCACAAGCCCUGGGUCCCGAGUUGGGCAGGCGGACACACAUGACUGCGAGGUGCUGGGAUGGGGCUCUGAGUCAGCAGGUUUCCAGGAGUCUCGAGGCACCGUCAAAUUACAGUUUGACAUGAUGCGUGCUUGCAACCUGGUGGCCACAGCCGCACUUGCUGUGGGCCAGCUUACCUUCGUCCUUGGGCUGACGGGCCUACCCCUGAUGUCACCAGAGUCCCAGUGCUGGGAGGAGGCGAUGGCCGCUGCAUUCCAGCUGGCAAGCUUUGUGCUGGUCAUCGGACUGGUGACCUUCUACAGAAUUGGCCCUUACACCAACUUAUCUUGGUCUUGCUACCUGAACAUUGGUGCCUGCCUUCUGGCCACCCUGGCGGCUGCAAUGCUCAUCUGGAACAUUCUUCACCGGAGGGAGGACUGCAUGGCACCCCGGGUGAUUGUCAUCAGCCGUUCUCUCACAGCACGGUUUCGCCGUGGCUUGGAUAAUGACUAUGUGGAGUCUCCAUGCUGAGAACACCCUUAUUGGGACUUUCUCUAUGAAUAACCACUGUAAUGUCAUAGUCUAGAAACCAAUUGCCUGUCCCAGGCCCUGCUUGUGCAGAGGUGUGGGGCAAGUCUGGGUUACCUAUACAUACAUAUGUAUGAUACUCAUGUACAUUUAUUAUGUUACAUAUGAAUAUAUUAUGUGUCUAUACGUCAUGUGUGCCACCCUACUUCUGACACAGUCUUCCUUGACCAGCACAGCAGGCUUCACACCAUGCAGGUUUAAAAGGUGGAGACUAGAAGCUGAGGCAGGGUAGGAGGCAGUGUGGGCACCUUGCUCUCCACCUCCAUUUGGGGUUAAUUUAUUCUGCAUCUACUAAGAUGGCAUCCUUGGUUACUUUUAUAAAGCAGAACAUCCAGGAAGCUUUUCAUGAAGGGUCUGAUAAUCCUUGAAUGAAACAGAACUUAUAACAGGUGGUAACGGUAUUAUGCCAGAAUCAAGUUAGAAGUGUACGUUUUACUCCUGAUUAUUUGUCUAAGUUAAAAUAAACACAAGCCUCUGAA